AAGGGCGCCGCAGCCACCAUUUCACCCUGCUCAUCCUCCUUAUAAAUAAAACUUCAACCUCAUUCAUUACCAUCCCAAACAAAAAAAAAACAUGGACUCCGGCCAAUACAGUCUUUCAAUCAUGAUGUUUUUGGGCCUCUUACUUAUCUCCAGUUCAGGUGCUGUGAAACUGACUGUAGUAAACAACUGCUCGUUCAGAGUGUGGCCCGGCGUGCAGCCCAAUGGCGGCCACAACGUUCUGCUAAAUGGCGGCUUUGCGCUCAACCCGUCGGAAGCAAAAAGCGUGGACAUCGGCGCCACCUACUGGACCGGUCGCGUGUGGGCCCGAACCGGCUGCGAUUUCGACCUGGCGACCGGCAGAGGCGGUUGCAAAACCGGCGACUGUGCCGGUCUCCUGGCCUGCAAUGGCCUUGGCGGCGCCACGCCUGCCACUCUGGCGCAGCUAACGCUCAAUAACCGUGACGGCUUGAGUUCGUAUUCUGUCAGUGUGGUUGACGGUUUCAACUUGCCCGUGAUGGUUACGCCCGCCGGUGGAAAAGGUCAGUGCACACCGGCUGGGUGUUCGUCCCGGGCUCUGGUGACCGGCGGCGGUUGCCCCAGGGAGUUGCGGGUCGUUAGCGCCGCCGGUGAAACGGUGGCGUGUAACAGUGCGUGCCGGGCGUUUGGUCUCGAUGUGUUUUGCUGCACAAAUGCGUUUGGCAGUCGGGAGGCGUGCCAGCCGACACUUUAUUCGCUGUGGUUUAAGAAGGAAUGUCCGGGGGCUAAUACUUUUGCCCACGAUGAUCCUGCAGCUGAUUUUACGUGCUCUGCCCCGGCGGAAAUGCGUCUUACUUUUUGUCCAUAGUUUUGUGUGUUUUUGAAAUGGUUUUGUGUUUUCUCCGCUGGUUUGUCCCGUAACGGUCAUAUGACGGGGUGACCUCAGUCUUAUGAAAUGUAGAUGUUUUUAUUAUUAUUAUGAAAUCUCUGUUUUCCGCUGGCUCACUCCCUAACGGUCAUAUGACAGGGGUUACCUUGAGCUUAUGAAAUGUAGAUAUUUUUUAUUGUUAUAAAGUCUCUGUUUUCCGCUGGCUUACUCCCUAACGGUCAUAUUGCCAGGGGUGACCUCAGUCUUAUGAAAUGUAGAUAUUUUUUUAUUAUUAUAAAAAUGGUUUGUUUGUUUA